AUGGAACUGAUUCCGUAUAGUAGUAGAAAUGUAGCAUGAGAAUUCUAACCGGGCGCGUACAAAAUCGCAGUCGUGCUCGUCUCAUCCCGCUGUAUAUAAGCAGGCGACUCCUGUGUACCCGCGCACACGCAAACCAUUUGCAUUUGAGCCUUUUGCUUGCCUUCUCUCCUGUCCUGACUGCAGCGAGAGAUCAGUAGGGAGAGGGCAAUGGCAUUGACGGUGCGGCUGCACACGGCGGUGGCGGCGGUGGCCGUGGCCGUGGUGGUGGCGAUGGGGAUGGCGGCGGCGCAGAUGUCGCCGGCGGGGGCGCCGGCGCCGGCGGGCGGGAUCAGCCCGGCGUGCAUGGACGCGGUGCUCAACAUGUCGGACUGCCUGACGUACGUGAUGAACGGGAGCACGGCGCGGAAGCCCGACGAGCCGUGCUGCCCGGAGCUGGCGGGGCUGCUCGAGUCCAAGCCCGUCUGCCUCUGCCAGCUGCUCGCCGGCGGCGCCAGCUCGUACGACAUCAGCGUCGACUACAAGCGCGCCAUGGCGCUCCCGGGCAUCUGCGGCCUCGCCGCGCCGCCCGUCACCGCAUGCGCGCUUCUUGGAGUACCUGUGCCUAUGGCGCCUUCUGCAUCGCCGAUGGCAGGCCUCGGGCCAUCUACUGAACCACAAAUGCCUGAGAAAUCGCCGUCGGCCUCGCCGUCCGAGUCGAGUAACCAUGCUCCCGGCCGCUUCACCGCCCUCGCCGCGGUGGUCCUCGCCGUUGCAGCCGCCGGGAUGGUUUAGAAAAUGCCUGGAUUUUCGGCCGAUCGAUCUCAAGAUUUAGCCCGACGAUUCUUGUUUAUUCUUGCCACACAUUUGGCUGUGUAUUAAUUUACAACACGUUACAGUACGUAUGCGCAAUGAACGAUAUUUUUCUGCUUUGCUUUAAAUUCUUAUAAUUAACUAGUAACUCUUCCUUGUCGUAAGUUGCUAGAGCAUAUGGUGAGACUAUAUGUACACACGUAGUGAUAUCUGGCCAUCCGCAGUAGCUACUUGGGGCCUUCUGUUAAUUAUUUUCAGUGUUUAAAUGCUUGGUUUUUGGAGGCGA